UUGAAUUACCUCAUUGUUCUAAAAUGUCUUCAACACUAUCGCUGUACUUGUUUCAGAAUUCUGUUCGGAGGUAAUCAUCUAUACGUCUUCAACAAUCCGAACAAGAGUGGAGCCCGCAAGGAUAUCACCUACGAAGAGGCACAGAAAGAAAUUGCAAAAGGAGCAGGAAUUGGAAUUUCGUCGGAGGGUGGGAAGAGCAAAGCUGACCUCAUACUUGAAGAGGAGCUUGUCUCAAUGAUGCCAUUGGUCUAUCGAGCCAAUGCGAUGGCCGUGGAACUGAAGCGAAAUGUGAAAUUUGAGUUGGUGCUCGUUUCUCCUGAAAUGCGUGGUCUGCAGGAAGGGCUCACUGAGGUUGGUCUCAAGAAGUUCCACUUAUCCUUUGUGCAUAACCUCAGCGAAGACACUCGAUUUAUGUGGGAAAAAGCUAGAUUUAUGAAUCGUUACUAUGGUAUGCAAGAGAUGUACGAGAACAAGCAAGAUGGAGAAGAGUGGAACAUGCCAAAGGAGCGCGAUCCAUUCUACGAAGCACCCGAUUCAAAAAGUUUCUUGGGAUCAGCCAUUGUGUUUCUGCAACCAUUAGCUUAUCUCAUGGACUCCGAAGAAACAUAUCCCAUCGUGGACUUUACAGGUGAAGAACUUGGAGAAUUGUCAGUGCAACUGUCACCUUGCAAUUCAUCCGGUAAAGAGCUAAUCGGAGAUUACGUCAAUGAUCCCAAAGAGAUAAUUGGACAAAACUACGGUUUUAUGAUCAAAAUACAAUCUGCCAGAGGACUUCCACGCAGGAUUGACAAGGUGAUUUAUGAAAUCAAGUGUAAUGGGAUCGAAUGGCUUUAA